GCUGUGCUGGAGAAGAGGGUUAGGGGACAGUCUCCCUCUCUCAUUCAUCUCCCUCUGGCGGGGUCACCACCAAGGUGAUUGGCAGCUGGGCUGUUUGGCUUGACCUGGCGCUGUUGACAGAUAAUAAUGAAGCUUUCUGAAGCGAUGAUGGAUUUGGAACUACCGGACUACUCUGAAACGCUGGACUCCACUUACACUAUGCUGGAAUUCGACAGCAUCCGAGUGCUACCUACUAAUGCAGAAAUUAUUGCAGUGGAGUCGGCGAGCCCAGGUUCUAUCAGUAAUGGCGUCAGCUCUCUCUGCGCUAUUUGUGGAGAUCGGGCUACUGGGAAACACUACGGGGCUUCCAGCUGUGACGGAUGCAAAGGAUUCUUCAGGAGAAGUGUUCGCAAGAAUCAUGUAUACGCGUGCAGGUUCAGCAGACAAUGCAUCGUAGACAAAGACAAAAGAAACCAAUGUCGCUACUGCCGCCUGCGAAAGUGUUUCCGAGCGGGAAUGAAAAAAGAAGGUUUGUACCCCGAGCUGGCUGUGCAGAAUGAGAGGGACAGGAUCAGCAUGCGGAGAAGCAGCUAUGAAGACAAUGGUUCGUUAUCUAUCAGUGUCCUGACACAAGCAGAAGCCAUGACACAGCAGUUCUCAUCACUCAGCCCGGCUCACACCCUUGACAUCUCACUGAAAAAAAUAGCAACCAUAAGUGACGUCUGCGAGUCCAUGAAGCAGCAGCUCCUCCUACUGGUAGAGUGGGCAAAGUACAUCCCAGCCUUCUGCGAGCUGCCUCUGGAUGACCAGGUGGUAUUGCUGCGGGCACAUGCCGGUGCCCAUCUCCUUCUGGGUGUUGCCAAACGCUCCCUUCCUUACAAAGACUUCCUGCUCUUAGGUAAUGACUUCAUCAUUCCCAUGCAAUGUCCUGAUCUGGAUAUUGCACGGGUAGCUGUGCGGAUUCUGGACGAGUUGGUUAAACCUCUUCGAGAAAUCCAGAUAGAUGAGAAUGAGUACGCCUGCCUGAAAGCCAUUAUAUUUUUUGACCCUGACUGUAAGGGGCUCAGUGACUCCAGCAAAGUAAAGAACAUGAGGUUCCAGGUUCAGGUAAACCUGGAGGACUAUAUCAAUGACCGGCAGUAUGACUCCAGGGGAAGGUUCAGCGACAUCCUUCUCCUCCUCCCUCCGCUGCAGAGCAUUACCUGGCAGAUGAUAGAACAGGUGCAGUUUGCGAAGCUCUUUGGCAUGGCGCAGAUUGACAGCUUGCUGCAGGAGAUGCUACUGGGAGGAUCAGCUAUGGAUGGCAGCCAUUACCUGCACUCAGCGCCUUCCAGCCUGAGCCUGGAGCUGAUUCCUGGCCACAGCGUGCACGGCCAUAAUCUGCACUCAGUCAUCCAUAUGGUGCCCUCAGCCUCCCCAGAAGCCUCUCUACCGUUCCCUGCAACCAACAGUGGCAGUGACGACUACAAGAUAAACACCGCGCCCGUGAUGCAGCGCACCGUCAUCGCUAAAAAGGAGAUAUUAUAGAACAUGGAACAACGCCUGUCACAUACGAUUGAGAUCAGGACUCAAGUGUGAGAAGCGAGCGAGAGCCUCAGACACAGGAACGAGAGAUUACUUCUCGGCCGCUGCAAGUAUUACAGUCACCGGACAAUAGCGGGAAAGGAAUCGGAAUGUGAGGAGCCUUUUACCGUCCCCCGACAGAAAGGAUCCACAACAAAAAAGUCUACACUUAGGUUUUUCUGCCUCUCCAACUAAAUAAGCGUUGUUGUAUCUUUCUACAGAAGAAAACAGAUCUGAGACUGAGGGACCCACACAGGAAAAUGCCCCAAAAUAUUUCUGCUGCAGCAAGAAAACCCAGUCAUUCAACCAGACACAAGAUACACGUUGUCCCCCCCUGGUCUGCUAGCCAGUGUGCAACCAAUAACCAGGCCCCAUCGCCAUUGUAUAAUCAGUAAGACAGUGAUGAUCAGUCCGUAAGAUCAGUUUGUUUGUUUUUUUAGACCUGAAAAAGUGAAAAAGAGCAUUUUACGCUAAUGUAACUAUAAAACAGAUUGUGAUUUUUAUCUCAGACAAGACCCACUGUUGGUGCUCAUAUAUAGCAUCGCUCGGUUAGAACAUAAAGCGACUUUUAGAAAGGAACGUACUGUCUGAUAUUCUUUUGGAGGGGUAUUUUGCUUGUUUUCUGGCCUUCUACUUUCCAAAAAUUUCUCACGGCGCUAGUAUUAAUUUACUUGUUUUUCAAUAUAUAAAAACAACCUUAAUAGGGAAUAAAAUCAAUAUGUUAAGCUGCUGAGUGUCGGUUAUGCUUGUGUGAGCAUAAACAUAAAGGAUCUCCUAUUUCAAUAAGAGAACCUACUAAACAUUACUGGAAAGCCACUCUGCGCUAAUAAAAUCUAACAGGCUUUAGAAUAAAGUGAAA